AAGGAUAUAGUUACCCACCCCCCUCUACAUUUGCAGCCAUCACUCCGCCCCAUGCUUGCCCAUAGCUUCUACGAAUUCACCCCCCCACCCCCCAUCAUCAUUCGUGAGCUGACAGUUGUGGAAGUCAUUAAUUGGAAACGCUAACUGCAGUCUCAGGGUCUUCUCGGUCGUCACUGCCACUAAAGAAAGGGAACCGUGAAGAUGAGCGUCACCGCUGACCCGUAUGUCGGCUCUUGGAGGCCCCACCGACGCCGUGGCCCCAUCGCCGCCCUUUACAGCGGGCCUGGUCCCAAAUAUGCGCUCCCUGGAGUCACAGGCCACAGCCUGCACGACCCGACCAAGUUCAAGAACCCGGCGUACAGCUUCGGCGCCCGCCACGCUCACUUCAAGGAGGACACCUCCCCGGGGCCGUGCUACCUGGUCCCGUCUGCUCUGACGCGCACCGGCCGCGCCGGAACGCCGCACUACUCGCUGUACGGGAGGCCUCGCGAGCCAGGCCUGUUCAAGACGCCGGGGCCAGGCAGUUAUUCCCCGGAGAGAGCGGGCACCGCGGCUUUCCGUUCAGCACCCUCCUACUCACUUACUGCUCGGACCGACAGCUUCCAUCGUGACCAGACUCCCGGGCCUGCCAAAUACAUGCUGCCGGCCAUGCUCGGUCCCCACGUGAUCAAUAAGUCUUCCGCGCCAACCUACUCGCUGUCGAGCCGCGGCAAGAUCGGCAGCUUCCACGAGGAUUUGCAAAAGACCCCUGGACCAGGCACAUACCACAUGGUGGAGUCCAACACUUACCGGAACAAGCCGCCGCAGUACAGCCUGACGGCCCGCAACAGCUUGCCGGGUGAUACCACUCGCAAGCCUGGCCCGGGUGCCUACAGCCCAGAGAAGGUGACGUUGACACAUCUCCAGGCGCCAGGAUAUUCCUUUGGACUGCGCCACUCAGAGUAUGUGGCUCCUCUCAUCAUUCAUACGGAGGAAUAAAAGGACCCCAGGAAUAAAAGGACCCCUGGCUAUCCCACCGAUGGAGUCCCCAUCCACAGCAGAGCCAGGGCAAUUACAAUACAGUACUGGCACAUUCUGGAAUCAAUUUCAAGCAGGAACAAUAUCUAUUUUUAAUAGAGCAAAAUCUAGAGCGAUCAGUGCGCUCAUAUUGCCCUUGUCGGAGAGCCAGCACUGCUGUGUUUGGGUUCUGCUCCUGGCUGGGAAUAAUUAAACCGACCUUUCAAACAUAUCAAUUUCAUGGUCUCAGCACGGUUACUAGUCACCCUAUAAAAAGAUUAUUAUAUGAGUAGUUAUUCACGUAAUUUAGGAAAGCGCCUCUCUGUGGGACAAAAUAUAUAUCUCGCGCGAUUGAAAUGAGGUGAACCACUCUUUACAGAGCACGACAGAAAGGCGUCCAGUUUUAUGUGUGAGAAGCCUAUUCAGUGAAACCCACGGUAAGUAGUUACGUCACAUUCAGGAACUAUUCCCUGACGUGAAGCAAUGCGUGCUUCGUGUUCGGCAGGAUAUUUGUUCUCCAAUUUAUGAAUAGGCUUUGGCAUUCGAAUUCCAUUUUUUUAAAGUCAAGAUGACGGGGGUUGUCACGUCUAAUGGUAGAAAUAGUCCAAUAAUUUCCAUCCUUGUUCGCAGAUUGACAUUUGAUAUCCACAGUCGCAGUCCCAUCCCGCGCAUUGAAAUCGGGUUUUUACUUUUUAGUCACUGACCUUUUUUGGAUGCCACUGAAACGCCUGUAUCGGUGACCCAGCCUUCAGCACAAUACUUGGUGAGGCCAACGGGAGACCGAUGCAUCCUUUGCAUCAUAGGCAUGCUGACAGUAUGUCUCCUUUACAUGUCUAUCUCUCCGCGUUUAAAAAAAUAUCGAUAUAUUUUACACAAUCCAUUGGCUGCACGGCCUCUGGGAGUGCAUCAUUUCAGCAGAAAUUGAUCCCGUGCGAGCAGACAAACUCUGAACCAGUUUUCUACACACAGUGUCAUCAAUAUAGUCGGCUUUGCUUGAAUAAAGCCCAGCGAACUGCCACGUAUGAAAGGCAAAGACCUCUUUAGGAUAUGGUUCUCGUAGUUCGACGCAAAAUCACAUUAAAUAAAAAUGGUGCAGAUGUUUUUUUUCGCACUGACUCAAUGAAGGCCAUGGGGCUGAUGGGUUGUGUAAAAAUCACUUUUAUAUUAUGUAGAGAGACAGAUAUGUGACAGGAGAUGUAUUGUAUGCUUCAUUUUUUUGUUAUUUAUAUUCUCUUCAACGAUGUAAAUGCUUAUUUCCGUGUAAACCUACGAGGAAUUUAACACAAAUGAUGACAUCUGGCAAUUGACGUAAUUUUUGGCAGGAAAAUAACAGACGUGACAUAAUGUGAUGUAAUUUAAAGUGACAUACCUUUACACCAACCCAAUACAUUUGUUUUGGAUCGUCCAACAUUUCAUAACUAGGGGUAGUUUCCAUAUUUUUCGAUUUUAUUUUGUAAAUCGGUAACACGCCCCAACUACCUACUAAUGCCUUGCUGAGUCACUCAGUCCUGAAGACGUUGAAAGGGGAGCCUGUUUGGGAUGCUGGCCAAUGCAGGGUCAGGUGGUGCACACCCCGUCAGUGCUUGGAGGGAAGGGUCUCGUGGACUAUGCAAAUUUGUGAUACUGUCUUACACGAUGGGCCACUAGGUGGCCAGCAGACGACGGUAGAACAUAGAAUAGUUGGUUACCUGCCUGGGCGAACCUUCCAGUGCCGUCCACUCUUAAAGAACAGGUUUUUCUCCGAGUGCUCCGUUUAUAGAAAAUACUCUUUUAAAAAAGCAUUGGCCAAACAUUACAUUUGCAGGAGCCUCCCAAAUUACACCCGAGACUCGGUAAAGCUUUCCUGGGUAAAUCAAUUAUAUUAUUAUACAUUCCUGGACUGUUUAUGCUUGUCACGAUAUCAACGGGUAUGAGAGAAAACCCAAACUUUGCCAAACUGGUUCAAGAUCAAGAUGUCACCAACGCCAUAGCCGUAGAUGUCACCGCACCUCGGCCGUAGAUUUCCACCCUCUGCACGAGGUCCAGACACAGUAAAAAAGACAUUUAAAAAUAAAAAGUAGUAUCUCAACUGCCCAGCAAAUCACUUUCUCACAUAAUGCUUGUAUAUGAUCUGCGUAAGUUAUUUUAUGCAAUUAGAUUUGACCACUAAUUUAAUUCUCAAUUUUUCUCUCGGAGUAGAAUAAAAUUGAAAUGAUGAAAUGUCCGUUCCUUGAAUCCUGCGGGACAGUCGAGUAUCGUAAUAUCACUUUAAUAGGCCCUCUCUGACAAACACAAUACAGCAUUGAGUACAUUGACUUCUGUGUCUUAAGUAAGUGUAACAUGUUUCAGUCCCUCGACGUAUUGGCCUUCGAGCCACAUUUACGUGCACCAUGUGUGUGAGUAAACAGAGCCUGGCAAGUUUUGAUUUCUAGGCAGAUACUGCUGGAUUUAAGAGAUGUUCUUGGAAAGGGUGCUCACUUAGAACGAAUAGGCCUUCUGGCAUCACAUUUUUAAAAUGAUAUUGUUUAAAAACCCAUACACAGUAAUCGCACGUUGUAGGCAAUUGCAUAAAUAAACAAUUACAUUCUGUGAUGUCAUUCAUAAUUGUAUACAAAUGUAUUUUGUUUCAUUACGCACAAUGCCUCCCCUCCCACCACAGUGCAUGAGUUCCUAUACAGCAUUAGCUUGCGCACUGUAAACAGUGGUACAUCGCGCAGAUGUCAUUGUGAGCUCCCUUCGCGCUCUCGUGCACGAAUUAUUAAAAGCAAAAACGAAAUCUAAAAAAAAAACGUGUUUCAUGUGAAUUUAGUCAAAAGGAAUCCCCCCCCCCCCCCCAGAAUACGUUGAAAUACCUUCACGAAUUUUAUCCACGAAUCUCCGAUGGUGGGCGUUACGGGUGGGCACUAAGCUCCCACCGUACACCUCGGGCUCCAAUGGCAAAACUCUCGGCUUUACGCAACGCCUGUCCACCACUUGGCUGCCAAACCGAACGGAUGACGCUCCGAAUGCCGAGACGUGUUUCGCCGUGGCUGAAAUGCCAACAGAUGUUCGCCGUUUCACCGCAGUGGACGUGGUGUGCCCGGGAGGGGUGGGAUAGGUAUCCAGCCACCUUCAAGCGCUUUGUGAAGUUAAAAAAAAAAAAAAUUUGAGCUAAUUUGUCCCACUUGAACGCACCCCCCACCCCCUCGUCAAUCAACACAAGUUGUUCUCAGUGAAUGUUAAUAAAUAUGAAUACGUGUCCGUUUG